ACUCCUGGUCCUCACAUACAAGUUUUUCGGCAGUACAUACCUGUGAAAAUGAAGAGCAAAGCCUUCUGGACCCUCUCUUGGGAGUAUGCCACGAUGUAUGUGGGAAGCCUAGUGGUAAUAGUUUGCCUCUCCUUCUUCCUUCUCAGCUCCUGGGAUUUCAUCCCUGCAGUCUAUGGCUUCAUACUUUCUGUUCCAGAUCUUACUCCAAACAUUGGUCUUUUUUGGUACUUCUUUGCAGAGAUGUUUGAGCACUUCAGCCUCUUCUUUGUCUGCGUGUUUCAGAUCAACGUCUUUUUCUACACCAUUCCCUUAGCCAUCAAGCUAAAGGAGCACCCCAUCUUCUUCAUGUUCAUCCAGAUUGCCAUCAUCUCUAUCUUCAAGUCCUACCCAACAGUGGGGGAUGUAGCCCUCUACAUGGCUUUCUUUCCUGUGUGGAACCAUCUCUACAGAUUCCUGCGGAACAUCUUUGUCCUUGCCUGCAUCAUCAUCGUCUGCUCCCUGCUCUUCCCUGUUCUUUGGCACCUCUGGAUCUAUGCAGGAAGUGCCAAUUCUAAUUUCUUUUAUGCCAUCACACUGACCUUCAAUGUUGGGCAGAUCCUGCUCAUCUCUGACUACUUCUAUGCCUUCCUGCGGCGGGAGUACUACCUCACACACGGUCUCUACUUAACUGCCAAGGACGGCACUGAGGCCAUGCUUGUGCUCAAGUAGGCCUGACUGGCACAAGGCUGCAUGGACCUCAAGGAGGGGAAGGACUAGAAACUGGGCCAGGAUCCCCCAUCUAAAGCUGCCAGCAGGCAAGUCCUCAGGCAGAAGAGGUUCCAGUCCAGCGUCACAAAUCUCUGGCACCAAAGAGGACCCAUGGCUGGCAGCAAGGCCUGUGGGGACCAGCUGAGAGCACCCCACCUGGACCCCAACUUUGUGGCCCUGCACACUAAGAAGUCCCCUCCCUAGCAGGAGGAGGAAAGCAGCAGGUGAGCAGGGCUUGAUAGGUUAUGACUACUUAAUAAAUGUUUUUUGUUAUGAAGACAUCUCUUCUGGGACCAUACCACACUCCUGGAGGGAGUGGGCUUGACUCCUAAUACGGUUUCCUGUGGUACACUACUUAAGAGGUGUGGGUUUCCAGAAGAAGCUGGAAGUCCAUAGAACACAAGUCUGUGAGGCAGUCCCCCAGCAGCCCUCCCAACUCCCAAACAAGCAGCUGGAGGCAAAGAGCCAGGCAGGCCUGAGCAAUCUUUAUUCUGCAGAGGGACAAUGACCACAGAUCCAUACACCAUGUGGAGAUGGGGGAGCCAAGGGCCAAUCAUUCAGGGAUGGGCAGGUCCAGUCAGGGGGCAGAGCCUCAGGUAAGUAAGGGGCAGGUGGGCAGACAGGCAGGGGCCUAAAAAAAAAAAAAGAUAAACCACA